AUGCUUAAAUACAGUCUGUUAGUCGCCUUGUCACUAGCCACAGCCACUCUCGGCUGCGCGAGACAUAACUAUCACGGGCAGUUGGCAAGACGACAAGACGGAGGCAACUCUUCAACAGGCCCGGAAGCCAGCGAUUGGAGCUACGAUGCAUCAUUUGACUGGGGACGUGUCAGCCCUGAAUAUGAACUUUGCCAAUCUGGUACACAGCAGUCUCCGAUUGCACUCAGCCUCAACAACGGACUUUCGCUGAACCACAUUCCCACUUUUAACUACCCCAACGAGACGGUUGGAGAGUUCUGGAAUUGGGGAUACGGCCCGGCCUUUACGGUGAAGCACGCUGAGGGAGUUUGGACUGACAACCCGUCACUGACGUACGAUAACGAGACUGUGUACCUUACCGGCUGGCAUAUUCACACUCCAGCUGACCACUCGGUCAACAAUUAUCGCACUCGCGCUGAACUACAUCUCGUGCACGUCGACGCUGAAGGCCAUGAGAAGGCUGUAUUCGCUGUUAUGUUGGACCCGGGCAAUACCAAUGACGCUUUCCUGGACCAAUUUCCCUCACCUCUCAUUAGAUUCAACGACACGGCAAGAACGGAGAUCACGCUGUCCUUGCCAGAAGCACUGUCGAGUGUGGCGAGGUUCAAUGAAUUUUGGUCAUACGAGGGAAGCUUGACAAGCCCUCCUUGUCACGAAGGAAUUCGCUGGUUUGUGGCAAGACAAGUGAUGUUCACAAGCAACGAGCAGAUGCAGAGGAUCCUAGCGGCAAGCACGUAUAGUGCCAGAGAAGAACAGAUGGUCUGGCAGCACAGAAUCAACGAGUAA